AUGCUUAGAUUGGGAGAUCUACAAAGGUUAGACGAGUAUCAAGGUGACAAAAACUAUCUGGAGACUGAUAAAAUUCAGAUAGAGCAGAUUAAAAGUUUUUAUAUUGGACAGAAGAAAAGGAGUAAGGCAUUGGAAAGUAGACAUAAACGAAUUUUCCAAUUCGAAUGGGAUACAAGUGAAGAUACCUUGAAAAAUGAAUCUAAUAUAUUGUAUAAAAACCGCUUAAAACCUAAUGUGGCAAAGGUCAUGAGAAUUGAAGAUAACCAACCUAGCAAUACUGAAGUUAGUGAUACUCACUGGAGUUACAAGAAACGAGGGGAGAUGACAGCAAGAGACUGGAGGAUUUUUCAAGAAGAUCACUCAAUUAGUACUAGAGGAAGUAAUAUACCAGAUCCAAUUCGUAAUUGGAAUGAAUGUGAGGAUAUUGGGAUUCCAACUGAACUUUUAAGCAGUAUUAAACAUGAUAAACCUACAAGCAUACAGAUGCAGUGUAUACCAAUAGGUAUUCAAAUGCGUGACUUAAUAGGAAUUGCAGAAACGGGAAGUGGAAAGACUUUGGCAUUUUUACUUCCUUUACUCUCAUAUGUCUAUAAGUUACCUUUACUAAACUUUGAUACUGCUCAGGAUGGUCCAUAUGGCUUGAUACUGGCACCUGCGAGGGAAUUAGCAUUACAAAUAGAAUUAGAAGCCCAAAAGCUAUUGAAGAAAGAAAUUGGGAUUAGAACUUUGUCAAUUGUUGGUGGAAGAAGUGUAGAAAAGCAAGCAUUUGAACUACGCAGGGGUGUAGAAAUUAUAAUUGCAACACCUGGGAGAAUGCGAGACUGCCUCGAGAAAUCACUAACAGUACUGACACAAUGCAAUUACAUAAUACUAGAUGAGGCCGAUCGGAUGGUCGAUAUGGGGUUUGAAGAUUGCCUCAAUUAUAUAUUGGAUCAAAUACCCGCGAACUACGAGAGAGGUAGUGAAGAAGGGAAUACUAAGAUAUUGAAAAAUAGAUAUGGAUGCAGAAAUCACAGAAUUACUCAAAUGUUUAGUGCUACAAUGCAAAGUGAAGUAGAGAAGAUUGCUAGGAAGUACUUGAAAUUUCCAUUGUACGUAACUAUUGGAGAUAUGGGCUCAGGAAAAAAGUCGAUACAGCAAAUAUUAAACUUUAUAUCAGAAAAUAAGAAACAAAGUACUUUAAUUAAUGUACUAAAUAAUUAUGAAUAUGCUAUACCCCCUAUAAUAAUAUUUGUUAAUCAGAAAAAGACUGUAGAUAUAGUGUGCAGGAGUAUUGCCUCAAAUGGGUUCAAGGUUAUUGGUCUUCAUGGAGGGAAGAUACAAGAACAAAGAGAAAAUAAUUUGAAUUUAUUUAGAAAUGGGAUAUAUGAUAUUUUAGUUGCAACUGAUGUUGCUGGGAGAGGAAUUGACAUUGCAAAUGUAAACUUAGUUAUAAAUUAUGAUGUCCCUUCAACAAUUGAUACGUAUACGCAUAGAAUAGGACGUACUGGACGAGCUGGAAAGUCUGGGGUAGCAAUUUCAUUUGUUACACAGCAAGAUUCAAAUUUAUUCUCUGAACUUAAAAAGAUUCUCAUUUCUACAAACAACAUUGUACCUGCUGAACUUAACAACAUAUAA